UCAUGAGUAGUAUUACAUACACAAUAUACAUGACUUUACUCUAGACAAUUUCAAAGAUGCUUGGAGGUGCUCUCUACAAGAGAAGGUGUGUAAGUGGGAGACUCAUGUCUGUCUCAUGGGAAGUCACCACCCCAAGGCUCACUCAAUCUUUUAGGUGCUGUUCUAAGUCACCUGCAUUCUCACCAUCCAAUCACAUCUUCUGGUUGGGAAUCUGACCUCCCUAUUGGCUACCUCAGCUCUUUCAACUGCCUUCUGUGUGAUGUCAUCCAACUGCCAACUUACCAUUGGCUGGGGAAAUGUUUUGAAUUUCCGUGGAGUAGUCUGAAGGGACAUCUGGGUCGUGGUUAAGUGGACGGUGUGACCAGUGCUCUUCCCACUGAAUACUUGUUCAAUUCAGCUUCAGCCACCUAGAUAUCCUUCAUUACCCUCUCGUCCUUUGUAUCUCCAAUUGCCGUUACUGCUUCUCUGACCAUGUCAGAAAAUUUCCAAAUCCCACCAUCCAUGGGAACCUCCCGUCCUCUGGAGCUAUCACCUUUCAUCAGGAGCAUGGCUGUUCCCUUAACAUCAAGUGCUCCAGCCCUCACUUCAGCAUGGCUGCUGCCCUCAGCUUCUGUCAACUACUUCCAGCCAGUCAUAGCCAGUUCCUACACUUAUCAACACUGUAGUGAAAGUAGGUUUUCAGGGGCUGCUGGCCAGAGGCAGAUGUCCUCUUUGGUUGCGUCCUAUCCAGAUAUUUGGCAGUGGGAUGGCAUGCCAGGCUCUGGAAGCAAGCAUCCACCACUGGAGACCUUUACGGUGUCUGUCACUAACCAGAGCACAACAGUUGCUUUCUCAUCUAUGCCUGCCCAUGCUAAUUCCAUCAUCCCCAUUUAUCCAUCUAUAGCUGCCAGCCUGGUUCAGCCAAUACCAUCACCAUAUGCUCUGAGCCAAGGACAUGGCUACUACUACUACAAUCAAAGUGCAAUGGGGCCUCUCAUAUGUGCAGAGCUUGGAGAACUGCAGCCGUAUGAGUUUGUGUCACAUACAGGCAGUAGGGCAGCUGCCCCUCAGCCAGAGAUAGUAAUGGUGUUGAAGGUAAUUCAGCACAAAUAUGUCAUAACAUCAGCUUCUAAUGCGAUCCGCUAUUCUGGAUCUGUGCAAGCCAACAUGGAAACGAGUUUCCAAGAUGGGUCCUGAGGGCAGAAGCAAAAGGGAUUGGGAUAACACUCUGCAGGAGGGAUGAAUCUUCUGCUGAGUACAGUAAAGGAAAUUUCCCUAGAGACAGAGACAUAUGUGGGAUGGCAAGCCCUGAGCCAGGCAGGGUUUGUGUCACAACUUGCAGAAAUCCCAGAGUCCUGCAGCACCAGAAGUACCCAGGUGCUUGAGGGAAGCCCACCAACUGAGUCUGGGGGCAUUUUAGUGGGAG